AUGCCGACGAACAAGACGCUUCCCAACCUCAAUCACUUCAUGGAGAAGCGGAUCGUCGUAAAGAUACAGGGUGGCCGCUCCAUCUCCGGCGUGCUGCGCGGUGUUGAUGAGCACAUGAGCAUUGUGCUGCACAACGCCAUGGAUGAAACCCGCAAUGCGAAUGGCAGCGACGAGGGGACGAUGACGGCACUCGGAACCACUGUGAUUCGUGGCAGCGCUGUCGUCGAAAUCACGAGCGCCGAUGUUUGA